AUGCAGAAUGACAUGGGCGAAUUCAUAGACCUGUAUGUGCUGUGGAAAUACACCACAAGCAACCUCAACAUUGGUCCCAAGGACUGUGCAUCCAUCCAAAUGAAUGUGGCUGAGGUUGACAGGGUCACAGGCCAGUUUAAUGACCAGUUUAAAACCUACACUAUCUGUGGGGCCAUUCUCAUGAUGGGCAAGUCAGAUGAUACUAUUCUCCAAUUGGCUAAAGCUAAUGGAAUUGUCUCAAAGAAUUUUUGAC